ACAUGAAAUAUAAUAAUAUUUCAAGAUUCAAAUUCAUUCUAUUCUGAUAAUUUAAUUUCAUUUCAUAAUCUAACAAUAAUAAUAAUAACAAUAAUUAUUACUUUAACUAUAUUUUUUAUUUUAGAUUUUAUAUUAAAUAAUUUUUUAAAUUUAACCUUAUUAAAAAAUCAUACAAUUGAAAUUAUUUGAACUUUAAUUCCAAUAAUUAUUUUAAGAAUUAUUUGUUUUCCAUCUUUAAAAAUUUUAUAUUAUAUUGAUGAAAUUAUUAAUCCUUAUUUUUCAAUUAAAGCUAUUGGACAUCAAUGAUAUUGAUCUUAUGAAUAUCCAGAAUUUAAUAAUUAUGAAUUUGAUUCUCAUAUAUUAAAUUAUAAUUUAAAAGAUGAAUUUCGGUUAUUAGAAACAGAUAAUCGAUUAAUUAUUCGAUUUAAAUUUUCAAUACGAAUAAUUCUUUCUUCUAUAGAUGUAAUUCAUUCUUGAAAAAUUCCAUCAUUAGGAAUUAGAGUUGAUGCAAUUCCAGGUCGAAUUAAUCAAUUAAAUUUAUUUAGAAACCGUCCAGGAAUUUAUUUUGGUCAAUGUUCUGAAAUUUGUGGAAUAAAAUAGAAAGAA